CAUGAAUGCCGCAAGGCUGCCCAAACCUGAUGACGAUGAGGUGAACCGUCCAUCCAUCCACACGCAUACCAUCACACCACCGCUCAUUCUCUCAUCUCUUUCUCUGGUUAUGCAGGAGACUGAGCCUCAAGAUCACGCCGCCCAUAACAAAUGUCAGCGAGGUGCGCAAGGUCAGCGAGGUACGCACACACACACACACACACAGAUGGACGGAUGGGAUGAAUGGAUGGGUGUGGUGGAUGUUGUGGUGUGGUGUACAUGUGUGGUGUGUGGUGUGUGCGAAGGUCGGGGCCAUUCUGCAUCAGGGCAUGAGCCUCUUGCCUAACUGGCGUCAACCUGACGCCCAACAAGCAGCUAACAAGGCCGUGGCGGUCGACUCAACCAUCCAGGGCAACUCGCAGACAGUAAGUACACACACUCACACAGACAGACGGGAGGGUGGGGAUGGAUGGAGGGAUGGAUGGAUGGGCCCAUCCGGCCAUGUCAUUGGUGUGUGGUGCGCAAUUUUCGAUUCAGAUGGAGUUCAAGCACAACCUGGUGCUGCGCGGUGCCUACCUGGAGCAGGAGGCCAACCCUCCCUUACUACAUGAACGUAGCCUUCAAGAAGGCGCUGGUGAGUCACUGUGGUGAGUCGGUGACCCACACCAACCACACAUGUACACGGAGAUGAACCACACACGCAUUUGACGGAUGCGCAGCGCUGCCACCUCAAACUGAGAGGCUCUGUUCAACGGCAACCUUGUACACGUCGGUUACAUAUUUGUAUGGCGUGAGGCCCUCCAGCCAGACACAGACCAUAUCUCGGAAAUCCCUACGCUACAGAUUUCCGUCUUGGUGAGAGGACCUCACAUGCCGAGUUUCAGGCCGAUUGGCCAAGAAGCCGCAGAGUUGUUUGCGAUUUGGUGCCGAUGGACAUAAGAAACGUCACGUCGACCUAAGGAAAAGUCUAC